AGAAAUGUUUUCCUGUUGUCGUGCUAGUUCGAAAAAUUCGAAUUUACAAAAAAAAGUAAAAAAUAAAAAAGUUGAUGCGUUAAUCCAAAAUCAAAAUGCGGAAGAUGAAAGCGCCGAGGAUCAGAAGCGAAUAAUUUCAACGAUAAAAAUCGAGAAGGGUAAAGCGAAUGACUUUGAAAGCGAAAAGUAUUCACUUUCUCUAAACGGAAAAGAAUCUGAAGGUCUAAUUGAAAAUUCCACAGCAGAUAAAAGGAUAUGUGAUGGCAUAGCGAUAGCUAGUUCAACAAAAUCCGAAACAGCAGAUAUUGCAUCUAAUACACAGCUGGGGAACGAAAAUGUUGAAAAUGAUCAAAACGAUGUAGGAACUAAAUUGAAUCAGACGACGAAAACGGAUUGUACAACAACCGCUAACGAAAUAAUAUCUGAAAAUUGCGGAAAGUUGGACGACAUAGAAGCAACUGUUUUGAGAAGUAAUGACAAAACUACAGCAGGCACCACACCGGUAAAAAGUUGUCUUUCACGACACAAUUCGAUGCACACAUCUAUAAAGAAGAAGGUUAAUAUCAGUACACAAGCAGAAAUAAUAGAACCGGAUCCUGCUCCUCAAUCCCCGCACGAACCCGUUUCAUCAAAUGUGGACGAUGACGAUGUUUUUUCUGAUUCACUGCCGCCGCCAAAACGCGAAAGUAUGUGUGCGCCCUAUAUUGAGCAAACUGACGUUCCGGAAUUAGUGGCAUAUGCACAUGGGCUUCCAGAAUGGUUCAAUGAUGAAAGGAUUAAUGAAAUUGGCUGCAUUGAGCCACCUGUUACGCCUGUAGGUCGCGAUGAGCUUGAAUUGAGGCGGCAGCGUCUGUAUACAGACCUAUUGCAUGCAGCACAUGCGGCGGUAGAGCAUAACGUACGCUUUACCUCGUUUGCAACAAAUAUAACUGGGGAUGCGAUUAGCAGAAUAAGUGGAAGCGUUAGAGAUUGUGAUCCAGACUUAAAACCAUCCGUUGCUGAAAAUCUUGAGAAGUUAGUUAAUCGUUUAGAACAGUUGGUUGAGCGUUUGGAACAUUCGAUCUCAGCACGUGAGCUGGAAGUUGCUAAUCGCACAAUUGAUGCAGUUCGAACGAAAAAGCGAGAAAGUUUCAACUUAGAGAGGACCGAAUUACCCACAGCGACGCCUACUGAACUAUUGCCGCUACAGACGGAAAGCAUAAAUAACCGAAUAGAAAAAUUGGAACAUUCAUUAUAUCAAAUAAACGAACGACACAGCAGCAGUUUGAGUACGAGUAAUAGCCAGUGCAGUCAAAAACUCAGAGAACUACAGGAGCACAAACAACAAAAAGAAGAGGAUAGCCUUGAAAAUAUACCGACAGUGCUUGAAGAUUAUCAAGUGUCCACGCUUCUACCAGUCUCCGAAGGAGAGCAGUAUUCGCAGUUAAAGCCGCCGUCCGAAAUGAGUGUCCUAGGCUUCCAGAAUAUUAUCAGUGGUCCGCUGAAUCAAUAUUUAGCUCUUUCUGAGAAAAUCGGUGGCGAUGUUGCAAAACAUGCGCAGUUGGUAAAAUUAGCAUUUGAUGCUCAAUCGCAAUAUGUUACAUUGGCCAGUCAAUGUUCUCAACCUAACCAAGAGAAGCAAAUGGAGUUGCUGAAGCCCACUUCUGUGCAAAUUAGCGCUAUCCAAGACUAUCGUGAAAAGAAUCGAGGAUCUGCAUUUUUUAACCAUUUAUCGGCUAUUAGUGAGAGUAUUCCAGCUUUAGGAUGGGUCUGCGUGUCACCUACACCUGGACCACAUGUAAAAGAAAUGAAUGAUGCCGGUCAAUUUUAUACAAAUCGUGUGUUAAAAGAGUGGAGAGAUAAAGAUACAACUCACGUAGAGUGGGCAAGAGCAUGGAUCCAAACAUUAACUGAAUUGCAAUCAUACAUUAAGCAGUAUCAUACUACUGGUCUGGUAUGGUCUGGUAAAGCUGCAGCACCAGUUGGAGGUUCUGUGCCACCACCACCACCAAUUGGUGCUUGCCCACCACCACCACCCCCGCCAACAUUCGAUAUUGGUACAAUGUCAUUAGAUGACGGUGGUGCAGAUGAUCGCAGUGCUCUAUUUGCCGAAAUUAAUCAAGGCGAGGGCAUCACGAAAAAUUUAAAGAAGGUCACUGCUGACAUGCAAACUCAUAAGAAUCCAACGUUGCGCACUGGUCCAGCUCCAUUCAAGACACCUACUCAGUUUGGUUCAUCUUCUGGUGGUUCUUCCACUGCUGCUGCUGUUGCAAAAGAGCCAGUAUUCACACGUGAUGGAAAAAAAUGGUUAAUUGAAUAUCAACGUAACAAUCGCAAUUUGUUAGUGGAAAAUGCUGAAAUGAACAAUGUGGUAUAUGUGUAUAAGUGCGAAGGUUCAACUUUAACUGUUAAGGGCAAAGUUAACAACGUUGUAUUAGACUCAUGUAAAAAAUGUUCUUUACUAUUUGAUUCAGUUGUCGCGUCAGUAGAAUUCGUAAAUUGUCAAAGUGUCCAAAUGCAGGUUCUUGGUUUCGUACCAACUAUAUCAAUUGAUAAAACCGAUGGCUGUCAAAUGUAUCUAUCCAAUGAAUCAAUCGGUGUGGAAAUUGUAAGCUCAAAGUCUUCCGAAAUGAAUGUUAUGCUUCCCCAAGCCAGUGGAGAUUAUAUUGAGUUAGCUUUGCCGGAGCAGUUCAAGACCACUAUUUCGGGACAAUCACUGAAAACUAGUUGCGUGGAAAGUCUUGGUUAAACUCAUUCAAUGACGAAGAUGGCUUCAAACCGCCAAAAAAAAAAUUCAUCGAAGCAGAUGCAAUGGAGUAUUUACAUAAAAUUGAACAUACAUAUUUACAAAAACUCAUUUUGCUACUCCAAUUCACUUUUUAUAUAAGUAAUUUAUACUAUGAAGCAUCGGUGUUGAAUACACAGGUUUUAAUCAAAAACAAAAAAAAAAAUACAAAAUAAAGUUUUUAAGAUUA